UUUUUAUUUUAGGCAAAACUGGGCAAAAACUUUUAUGUUCCUCAAAUUAUUACAAUAUUUACAUACAUUUGAUGAUUCGAUAAACACCUUUAUCUUUAAUUAGAUGUAUUUGUUACAAAGUUCAACGAAGUUUACGCAUAGGUACCCGGAGUUUUCGGCACAUUUGUAAUGAAAUUUGUAACUUAAUUGUACAUAUUUUGCUAUUGUGAAGAAUUACAAACAUGGAUUUACAGGAGUGCUUAAAAGAAUGGGAAGAUUUAAUAACAGACUAUAAAAAGCUAGAGACUGUAAACAAAGAAUAUUUAUCAAAAUUAGAGGAAGUUGGAGAGCUGCAAGCAUCAUGUAUGAAGGAAUUAAAUCACCAGAGAUAUCGCAUGUCUUUGAUUACUAGUGCACUCAAAAGGUUGUAUAAAAAUGGUCAUAAAAAAGAUGACGAAACAACGAAAUUGGAAAAAGAAAUAAUGAAGAGAAAAGCAAUGCUACACGAGAUAGAAGCGACACUACCAAAGCAGAAUAGCAUGUAUUUGAAAAUCAUACUGGGCAAUGUUAAUGUUUCUAUACUCAACAAAAAUGAUAAAUUGAAGUACAAAGAUGAGUAUGAGAAGUUCAAGUUGAUCCUCAGUGCCAUUGCGUUUGUGUUGGCUGUUGCCAAUCUGUGUAUAGACUUUAGGCCUCUUCAAUUGAUAUUGAUAUUUCUCCUGGUGUGGUACUACUGCACGUUAACCAUACGGGAAAGCAUACUCAAGGUGAACGGCUCCAGGAUCAAGGGCUGGUGGCGACUCCACCACUUCAUAUCAACAGUUGUAGCUGGUAUUCUAUUGAUAUGGCCACAGAAUCAACCGUGGGAGGAGUUUAAGCAUACUUUCAUGUGGUUUAUCACUUAUAUCAGUGUCGUUCAGUACAUGCAGUUUAGAUAUCAGAGCGGGGUGCUGUACAGACUCAAAGCGUUGGGAGCGAGGCAUAACAUGGACAUUACUAUAGAAGGAUUCCAUUCGUGGAUGUGGAGGGGGCUGUCCUACCUGCUGCCGUUCCUCUUCGGAGGGUACAUGUUCCAACUGUACAUAGCGUACACGCUGUACCACCUCUGUUAUCACCCGGAGUCUACGUGGCAGGUGCCUUACUUAGCGGCUUUAUUCUUUUGCUUGCACGUUUGCAAUAUGUACACGAUACUUAAAAUAAUGCGCAAGAAAAAUCAAGGCGCCUUGAAGUUCCGCUAUCGGUUGAGGGCGAUUUCGUAUCGACUGUCGAACGACUUGGCUAUGUUGGACCAGAAAUGGAGGCAGAACAAAAUGGAAGCUAAACAAGAAUAGACUCCAUUAUAUGACAUACCUACUAUUAGAUGAAUUAUUUUCCUAUAUCAAUAUACCUACCUAUUUUCUUGCAACAUGUUACAUAAUCGUUGGAUAAAUAAAAAACUUAUCUCUUA